CUCAUGCCGGCGCUGGGAAGUGGCCAGGCGGUGCUCACAAGAUAAGAUAUCGUCCAAAACGGAGGCUCUGGGUCCAGCCCUACGUGGGAGGAAUGUGUGUGUGCACGCUGGUAUAUAAGUUCUACAAACGGGACUGCUGGAGGGCAGGUCAAGACUGGAGGUUUGGUCCCAAUUCGCAACCAUGAAGCUCCUGCUCGCCGCGGCGCUGCUCGCAGUCGCGAUGGGAAUGGCCGAGUCGAUUCGCAUCGCCGCCUUCAACAUCCAGACGUUCGGCGAUGCCAAGAUGUCCAAGCCCGACGUGGCGAAGGUCAUCGUGGAUGUUAUCAGUCUCUAUGACAUCGUCGUAGUGCAAGAGGUUCGGGACUCAGACCUCAGCGCCGUCAAGCUGCUCAUGAGCCAGCUCAACAGUGCCUCAGCCCAUCACUACGAGUACCUGGCCAGCGAUCAGCUCGGCAGCUCCACCUACACAGAGCGCUACGUCUACAUCUACAGGGAUAAGGUCGUGUCUGUCUCCAGCAGCUACCACUACGACGAUGGCUGCGAGUCUUGUGGCACCGACACGUUCAGUCGCGAGCCGUUCCUGGUCAGGUUCAACAUCCCCAGCAGCGCUGUGCCGCAGCUCGUGCUCGUGCCGCAGCACACGUCGCCCGAUCUGGCGGUGACGGAGAUCGACGCGCUCUUCGACGUCUACACGGACGCGCGCCAGCGCUGGGGCACGGACAGCAUCAUGAUCCUGGGUGACCUGAACGCCGACUGCAGCUACGUGACGGCGUCCGACUGGGGGCGCAUCCGCCUGCGCUCGGACUCGCGCUUCUCCUGGCUCAUCGGCGACGCGGCGGACACCACCGUGGGCACCACCGACUGCGCCUAUGACAGGAUCGUGGUGGCUGGGAGCGCGCUCCAAGGGGCCAUUGCUUCCGGCUCUGCUCGCAUCCUCAAUUUCCAGUCCAUGUAUGGCCUGACCCUGGAGAAGGCCAAGGAGGUGAGCGACCAUUUCCCGGUGGAGGUGACCAUCAACUAGAGGAUCCUGCUGCUGCUGCUGUAGCUGAGUGUGGCUCAAUAAACGUUGGCCCUCUCA